AUGGUGCUUGACAAUCUGUCCGCGGAGGUCGAACGGCGCUGCCGGCAGCUGCUGGCGGGGGCCACUGCCCGGUACCGAGCGCAGGCCGCAGCGGCUGCCGUGCUCGUGCCGUUGUGUUUGGUGCGCGGGGUCCCGGGGCUGCUCUACACGCUGCGAUCCAGACGCAUGACUGGAAAGCACAAGGGCGAGGUCAGUUUCCCAGGUGGCAAGUGUGACCCCACUGACCAGGACGUGGUGCACACGGCCCUGCGGGAGACCCUGGAGGAGCUGGGCCUGGUGGUACCUGAGCAGCACGUGUGGGGGAUCCUGCACCCUGUGCACAACCAGCAAAAGACCACCGUGAUACCUGUGCUUGCCAGUGUGGGCCCCAUGGAUCCUCAGAGUCUCAGGCCCAACCCAGAGGAGGUGGAUGAAGUGUUUGUCCUGCCGCUGGCCCACCUGCUGCAGGCUCAGAACCAAGGUUAUACUCACUUCUGCCAACACGGUCACUACCGCUACACACUGCCUGUCUUCUUGCAUGGGCCACACCGCAUCUGGGGGCUCACCGCUGUCAUCACGGAGUUUGCCCUGCAGCUGCUGGCACCGGACACCUACCAGCCUCGCCUGGCCGGCUUCAGGAUACCCAGGAGCUAA